GCCGCGGGCGAUGACUGCCAAAGCCGCAAAGGCUACUCACUCGCAGAGGCGGCAGAACGUGGACCCAAUGCCACCGAGCUUGAUGGGCAGCGGGAAGACGGCGAUCUGUCAUGGUGAUGUAUGUGAAACCGGAACUAUGGUGAUGACCACAAGCGGAGUCUCUUCGGCACGACGAGUUGCACCCAUGCCGUCGCCGCGCCCGGUUGCCACUCCCCUGGCCCCCAGCGGCCUCGACGACUCUCUGGUCUCCCCUCAGCACGAGCUCUGGAGGGACGAAGAGGAAUGGAGCGAUUGCCUGUUGAGAGCCUGCUCCACUACCGCAGGGCGAAGCGAUACCUCUAGCACAGGAAGUGCCGGCGCCGGGUAUCGUUUUCCUCCGAUAGUCGCCUUUUCUUCGUGGAGGACGAGAUGGUUGGCGGUCUGCGGACGCAGGCUUAUGGCCGCGCUGAACUUCGCCUGGUCUGCCGCGGUGGUGACGGUGACCUCGUUCUUGGCUUUGCUGGCCGUGGCGAUUUUCUUUUGGGCCCUCUCGCCGGUGCGCACGUCCUGCGUACGAUCUUCGGGCCAGCUAUCGUCUUCGGUGGUGCCGGCUGCUGACGAGCAGGGCACCUCCACCCUGUACAUCAACCAGCUCCAAGUGAUCGGGACGCAUAACUCUUACCACCGACGAACGUUCGUGCCGGCUCUGAGCGAUUACUGGGACUACCAAUACCCGUCGCUGACGGCGCAGCUCGACGCCGGGAUACGGCACCUCGAGCUGGACACCCACUACGAUUGGAAAACCGGAAGGUGGUUCGUGUUUCACCUGUCCAUUUUGGACGCGGUGUCGUCGUGCAACUGCCUGUCGGUGUGCCUGGCGGAGAUCAGGGAGUGGAGCGACACCCACCCGACGCACCACAUCCUCUUCAUCGAGAUAGAGUUCAAGCUCACGGGUGAUUUCCUGCAGCUUUGUGGGGAGAAAACACCGGGCGCUGACCACACCGCUUUCCGGGCGAUGCAGGAGACGGUUAUCGACGAGUUCCCCCUCGACAGAAUCCUCACUCCGCGGGAGGUGCGGGGGGACUACGAGACUCUCGCCGAGGCUGUCACUGCGACCACGUCAGCCUCGGAAUUGUUCGUCCCUACCACCACCUCCUCAGCUUCAGCCGAAAGCAGCGGGAGCGGCGGCGUUGCGAGAGAGGGGACGGCGGGGGGCUGGCCCCUGGUGGACGAGACAAGGGGGAAGGUUCUCUUUAUCAUAGACUACCAGACCACGAACAUUCUGUGCAGGCCCUCUGUCAGAAAGGCGUUACCAAAGGAUGAGACCGUGUUUUUCGAGCGCACGCCGCUGACGGAGAUCGGCCAUUCAGACCUCUUGACGUUCGUGGAGACCAGAAACUCGGGCAUGAUCGACGGCAUGGUCCGGUCGGGCAUUAUCGUCAGGAAUCGCAUCCCCAAUCACGAUUGGGACUCGAGGAGUGAUUCCGAGGAGGACGGAGAUGAGCCUCGCCUCACGUACGUCGUCGAUACUCCUGCCCAGCUAGUGGUUUAUGACGACCUCAGAGUAGUUCAGCACGGCAACGCCCAACAAGAGGAGAAAGACGGCGUGGUCACGCCCCUCCGUUGCAGGUCAAGGUGUAGCGCCAUCGUGCCGGAAGAGCAGUGCGUCCUGGAGGGCUUCUGCUAGAUCUUUUAUAUUGUGGCUCUUCCAUGGAUAUAGGCAAACUUGAGCAACAACACAACAGUUUUCCUUGUGAAGUUUUAUUUUGUGUAUUCGAAGAAGGGGGACAUGAUCGUUUGGCUUGCCUUCGUCGAAGUUUUAUUUGGUGUAUUUGAAGAAGGGGACAUGUUCUCUUGGCGUGCCUUCAUCUACUCCGUUGUCGUACGUCAAGGUACCGGCGGACCAGAAGAUACACCUCUCCGUCCUACUAGAGAGAACUUCAUGUGCGCGUGUGUGUCUUUUUCAAUAUUUCUCGGGUCGCGCUCUUAAGAACUCUGGCAAGUUGGUAUCGGAGUAAGAAAUAGUGGCAUGACGUCGUGCUUACGAAUACCUUCACUCCAUGCGUCGGUGUCCUGUAUUUGGGUUUUGUAGCGGGGAAGGGGGUAUGGGGUAGGGAGGGGAAGAGGAGGAGACUACUUUUGUUGUGGCGCACUCCGUUACAGCGCAAGAGCCAUUUUUAUUCUGAGGCUCUGCCUCAACGUUGUGUUAGCGUCGUUCCCUAUGGAGCAACGGCCAAGAGAGGCGGCGGCGGGCAGGUCAUGCGAACUGGGUAGGUAGUAGGUUUAGGCCCAAGAAACGCAAGUUGCGUAAAGUGCUGCGGCGUGAAAUAGUGUUGGACUUCGGGAUUUUUUUGCCUUGUUUCAUGCUUCGACUACUCCUUUGUCUGAGUCGAUGCCUUCGUUACGUAGGCGUCGGAUGACCUGACAAAGCUACAUUCUUAGUCGUGGCCCCGAGCGUGUUUGUCGUUGUGUUCGGUGGUGUUGACGAGUGAAUACGGUUUAGACGUACAUGUGUUCGUAUCUUGCAAUUCCAGUCAAACGAAGGGAUGUGUGGAAAGCACAUCGCUACGGGUGCGAGUGUCCUGUGCCAUGCCCGCGAGUGUCCUAUUCGUGUGCUGACACAGUUGAGCUAUUUUUCCGUAGAGCCUUGUCUCCGUUGUACUGCUGUAGUCGGGUUAGCGUUGAGAGCAGCCCACCUACCACCCACCCAAUCCACCCCCAAUUUGGUGAGUCGGAAAUAGACCGCCUCCGCUCUUCGUCAUCUGUUGUGGUUUGCAUGGUUCGAGAGCCUCCUGUAAGUUUUGUUCAUAGAUCUCAACAUUCCUCCCUUGUGGAUCGAAGAUGGCCAUAGCGAAUCAAGUAUUGACGUCCUUCUGUGUGAGUGUACAGUGGUACAUACAUGUAUUUUCCUACACUGAAUAUCAGAGUUGGACACGCGGUAGACUUUCUCGUAGCGAGCCCCAUUGUAAAAGGGCCAUGGGGUGUGCACCCCUUUCCCCUGGUGGUGUGUGUGUGAGUGCGCUAUGUAGGGAUUUUAUCGCAAUGGGGCGGCGGAACGUGUCUAGUACGGCAAUGCAUACUGAAACCUCGAUAGCUGGCGUUCAUCAGUUGACUCGAAAGAGGUCAUCGUAUCGCUUAGUUGGACGUACCGGGCGGGAGGCGAAAGGAAGUAGUUAGUGGGCGAUGGCUACUAUAAUGGUCUAUGCACAUGUGCUCGAUCAGUCGAAGCAGAGGCCAGAAACAAGUCCAAGGGGGGGGAGAGGGG